UGCAGAGGGGAGACCCGCUCAGCUUUUCCCCAAGCGUGCUGGCCCCGUGGGUCCUCUCCCCACCUCCCUCCUCGGACUCAUUCACAAGUGCCGGCUUCCUGGGUCACGUGGGGCUCGGCUCGGCCCAGCCCCCUCACCCCCUGCCUUUGCCUGUGGCUCUUUAAACAGCGUAGUUACCGGAGAUUCACCCGUAGCGGGAGAGAAGGGGAGGGGAACCCGCGGAGAGAGGAGAGCCGAGGGUAGGAAGAGAGGAGCGGGGAGACACUUUCCCGUCUGCUCGCGCUGGAGAAGGGAGUGACUGAAGGGACUGAAGCGGGAAGGGACAGGAUGGCUUUGGAGACCCCGCCCGCAGAUCCCCAAGACAGGGAGAGGCUCUAGGCAGAGUCGGGCUGGUGAUGGUCGGGGCUGCUGAGUGCUCCCCGAGGCCCUGACCGCCCUGCGCCACGGCCUCUGACCCACACCCAGAAGUUCGCCUUCGCGUGACUCGGGAAGCGCCGGUCGCAACAAGGCUCUUCUGCCCGGCUCUGUGGAGCAGCCUAGGGUCUGGGCUGCCUCCUUGGACCAGGUCUGAUGUCCAAAUAUCAGGCUGCAUAAGGCCAGUCCAGCCACUUCUUCAGACACUGACGGAGGAAGACCACAGGAGCAUGAAGGUCUGCUUUGUAUCAGGUGUACUUCACACACUCUUCUAACCCAUAUAAUGAAGCAGAUGUUAUUCUCCUCAUUCUACAGUUCAAACCCACCCAGAGGCACCUCAGAAGAAAGACCUGGCCAUCUAUGUCCAGAAAUCAGCCCCUGAAAACCCUACGGAGCACAGGUCUACUCUGACGCACAUGAAAACACACCAUGAGUCAGAAUCGACGGGACGGCAGCUGAUUUUAGGAGCGCUCCUACAAGCCCAGCACGUACACCUUUCGUUUACUCUUCACAGUGGUCCGUUUUGAUUGCUCCUGUUAUCAUCCUCAUUUUGCAGGCAAUUCUGCACAGACCCCAGGAUCAAAGAGGCCGCCCUGGAUAGAAACUACAGGAGGGCUGGGAUUGCAUCUGUCUCAUUCACUGCUGUAUCUCCAGCUCCCAGCCCGAGCCAAACCAGUUACUGUUGAGUUGACUUCGAUUCAGGAGGACCCUAUGUGUGUCAGCGUAAAACUACUCCAUAGGAUUUUCAGGGCUGUGACCUUUCAGAAGCAGAUCACCAGGCCCUUUCUUCUGAGGCACCUCUGGAGGAUCCCGCUAUGGCUGGCGAUUCUAGGAAUGCUAUGAACCAGGAUAUGGAGAUUGGAGGCAAUCCCAGGGACCCUAAGAAGAUUCCCAAACAGGCACGUGACUAUGUGCCCAUUGCCACAGACCGCACUCGCCUGCUGGCAGAAGGCAAGAAACCCCGUCAACGGUACAUGGAGAAGAGUGGCAAAUGCAACGUACACCACGGGAACGUCCAGGAAACCUACCGGUACCUGAGUGACCUCUUUACCACUCUGGUGGACCUCAAAUGGCGCUUCAACCUGCUGGUCUUCACCAUGGUCUACACCAUCACCUGGCUGUUCUUUGGCUUUAUCUGGUGGCUCAUCGCUUAUAUCCGGGGUGAUCUGGACCAUGUGGGUGACCAAAACUGGAUUCCAUGUGUCGAAAAUCUCAGUGGCUUUGUGUCUGCUUUCCUGUUCUCCAUCGAGACUGAAACCACCAUUGGGUAUGGCUUUCGAGUCAUCACAGAGAAGUGUCCCGAGGGGAUCAUCCUCCUCUUGGUCCAGGCCAUCCUUGGCUCCAUCGUCAAUGCCUUCAUGGUGGGGUGCAUGUUUGUCAAGAUCAGUCAGCCAAAGAAGAGAGCAGAGACCCUCAUGUUUUCCAACAAUGCCGUCAUCUCAAUGCGGGAUGAAAAACUCUGCCUCAUGUUCCGGGUGGGUGACCUCCGCAACUCCCACAUCGUGGAGGCCUCCAUCCGCGCCAAGCUCAUCAAGUCCCGGCAGACCAAAGAAGGGGAGUUCAUCCCCCUCAACCAGACUGACAUCAAUGUGGGCUUUGACACCGGGGACGACCGUCUCUUCCUGGUGUCACCGCUCAUCAUCUCACAUGAGAUCAACGAGAAGAGCCCUUUCUGGGAGAUGUCCCGGGCUCAGCUGGAUCAGGAGGAGUUCGAAGUUGUGGUCAUUCUAGAAGGAAUGGUGGAGGCAACAGGCAUGACUUGCCAAGCACGGAGCUCCUACAUGGAUACCGAGGUACUCUGGGGCCAUCGAUUCACACCAGUCCUCACCUUGGAAAAAGGCUUCUAUGAGGUGGACUACAACACCUUCCAUGACACCUAUGAGACCAACACUCCCAGCUGUUGUGCCAAGGAGCUGGCAGAAAUGAAGCGGGAAGGCCGGCUUCUCCAGUACCUCCCCAGUCCCCCCUUGCUGGGGGUCUGUGCUGAGGCAGGGCCAGAUGCAGAGGCUGAGCAGGACAGAAAGGAUGAGCCUGAGGGGCUGAGAGGACCCCUGGAGACCAGGGGCUCAGUGUGACGGCUGCAGUCACCCCACAGGCUCCCUUCACUGACUCUAAGAGCACAGACUCUGCAGCACCCAGGAGGGUGAAUUAGCUGAAGCGUGCUGUUUGGGGGCCUCAGAAGCUGUAGGCUCUGUGGCGAGGGACAGUAUAUCUGGUCCUCACACCCACCCCCCAGCUCAGUACCUCCCUGGGCCCACCAUGGCAAUGCUGCCUCUUCUCCUCAGCCUCUAGCAGCUCUGGCUAAGGAUCAUGCCAGGUUUCCCCCACAAUGAAAGUUACAGGGUGGCCUCUGUCCUCACACACACCUCUCUGCCAUUUGAUCUUGGGUUGCUUCCCUUCUUGGGUCUCACAAACCAGCUAGUGGCCCAAUCUAGGGGCUGACACCAGAGAAGGUCAUCACCACCCUCUGAAGUGAAUUCACAGGGAAGUGAUUCUACCUGCCUGGGGGCCCAAAUCUCCAGGGCAGGGGUGGGCUCCCAGCACCCUUCAUGGGGUAAGACCUGUCCAAGUCAUGUGGGCAAUUCCUUUUAAACCUGGGACCAGCCACCAUUUAUUGAAAGCUAUGGAGUACAAGGCCCCCAGUGACCUCUAUCAUUAUCUGUGAAAUGGGUGCUUUUUCCUCUGCUGUGUUUUGUGUCCAAUGUAACCUCCUGGAUACGUGAUCUUGUUAGAGUGACUCAGAUCCACUGCACAUGGAUGAAUGUGGCCCCACCUAAUGAGACAUUGUCAUCAGUAACUUCCCGGCCCCUUCCUAGUCACACUGUGCCCUGCAUCUUCCACCAAAGGGAGUCCUUUUCUAGUACUUUUUUGUCCAAGAAUCUCAAAGUACUUCCAACCUUCACUGUGGUUUUCUUCCAGAAUCCCAGAGUGCCUGUGGCGUGAUCCAGGGAGAAAGCUGAGCUUCAGAGGGCAAGAUGAGCCAGUCAGUACUGGAACAGGGAGGCAGAGAGGAAGGAUAGCAACUAAAACUAAAAUAAGCAUCUGCACAAGUUGUUUCCAAGAACCUGUCACCUCAGGGUUCUGCAUGCCUCUGUUAUCAGGCACAUAAUGGGACGGAGCAAAAGAGGGCAGUGGUGGUCUCUGAGCUUCGCUUUCAAACCCAGGCGGGACCACAGGCAGGGCCUGGUGCUGAGGAGCCCACAGCCUUCUCCUCCUACAGGCAGUGCUCUAACAAGGUGCGUAGGCCUGGGGAGCAAGGAGGGGCUGCCUCCUCUACUUGGGAAGGGUGAGGGUAAGCAGGAACCUGUGGGAGAAGUGGGGAGGGUAGAACGUAAGAGAAGAAGAGUAGAGAAGAGCCUUUAAAACAACAGCUUCAGGCAUGGGAGAGUAGGGAUUAAUGCUGCAGAUUAUCCUGUCCCUGAGUCGAGGCUGGCGUGUAGGAGACAGAGGCUUCUGAUUAGCCAGUCUAGACUUGAAGAGAAAUUUUAAAUAAUUUUAAAUAAUCCAGAAUUCUGUUGAGCUCACUCACAAUUUUCACAGCCCUCAACUGGGCUUUGAAAAUGGGAGCACUUUCAUGGCCCAGACAUGAAAUGCCUUCCCCAAGGACCAAUAGCAAAGCCACAAUGGGGUGGAAAAUUAAGAUUGAGGAACCUAAAACCGGUUGCCGUUGAGUUGACUCUGACUCAUGGCAGCUCUGUGUGUGUUGGAAUAGAACUGGGUUUUCAGUGGCUGAUUUUUCAGAAGUAAAUCACCAGAUCUUUGUUCUGAGGUGUCUCUGGGUGGACUUGAACCUCCAACCUUUCAGUGAAGAGCUGAGCGCUUAACUCUACCUGGGGACUCCUGGUAGAGGAAAGGGAAUUGCUUUUUGUCUCUCAGGCCCAUUUCCUCUGAAACUGAGAUUUUUAGGUCCUAGGGUGGGUGAGAAGAGAAGAAGGGCUACCUGGGGUGGGGAGCUGCCUGUCUUGGGCACCCACGCUAAGGGCCGUGUAUCCUUGUGCUUGGGCAGAUAGGCUGGAUCCUGAGGGGUAGAGUCAGUGAAGCAGUGAGGUACCUUAAGGGUCUUCCAGCCAGGGGCAUGGCGCCGAGUCCUGGUCCAGGCAUCCCUGUGUGGUGAAGAGGUUUUGGUGGGAAUGGGGAAUGAGGCUGGGAUCCAACAUCAAGGGAAAGGGACACAGGCAGGCUAGCAGCACGCGGUGGGGAAACUGCAUGCAAUCAAGAACGUAAGGCAGGGAGCCCACCACUGAGAAUGAAUACCUGGGAGGAAGGUGGGUCGGGGGGAGGCGGAGAAGCUACAGUUGGAACUCUCAGGUGGGUGCCCACCCUCACCCCAGCCAAGCCAGAUCAAAGGUUUACACAAGUAGGACUAAUCCAGUCCCCUUGGAGGGUCUUAGCUUCCUAAGCCAGAACUGGUCAGUGCUUGCCAGUUACAACCCUCAUGAGGCAGCCAAGCAAGGAUGGGAAAGCCAGAGCUGCAGCCUGGAUCCUUUGGCACCCCUGCCUCCAUCUGCAAUCCUGAAACAUCAUCCAACUGGCUAUGUGACCCACUCUCCAGUUCUCUAACUACCUGUGGCCUCUGUGAGCCCAGGCCAUACCACAUCUCUCUCAGCCAAUGAUAGAAGCUAUAGAGACUAGAGAAGAGAGAUUAAUACAGUCCUAUUCUAAAGUUCCCUGAAAGGCCAGUGCCCAUGUAUACUGGGAUUAAUAUAUGACUAGUUAGUCAGAGGAAACCCCGGUGGCAUAGUGGUUAAGUGCUAUGGCUGCUAACCAAAGGGUCGGCAGUUCGAAUCCGCCAGGCACUACUUGGAAACUCUAUGGGGCAGUUCUACUCUGUCCUAUAGGGUCGCUAUGAGUCGGAAUCGACUCAAUGACACUGGGUUUGGUUUGGUUUAGUUAGUCAGAUACUAACCCCAAUGUGUACAUUCCUUGCUUUCUCCAUGGAAACUCAAAUGUAAAAAGACCACCCUUGAUAUUCCAAGGGAAUUCUUGGUGACCAAUCAAUCCAGCUAAAGUUUGAGAAGUCUUGAAAUCAUCUUCUGGAAGUACUUGUAUAAAUGUGGACUUAUUAAAUGUAAAGUCUGGUAAGGGCCAGAGUUUCUUUGGUCCACUUUUAAAAAAAUCAUUCUUAUGUACAAACAAUUGUAGGUUCUAAUCCUCAAUUGCACAGCUCUGAGCCUAUCCCAUACCUCUGGGGGACACAGAGAGCUGAGCCAGACUUCAGCACCUCAGACUUCAGCACCUCCAAAGUUCCAAAGCGCUAUCUCAUGUCAGAUCCUGAAAGCUUUGGGAGCUAACUUCCAGCUUAAGCUUCCAUGUCAUUCCUCUUGGAAAACUUACCCUGCAAAAGAGAAGUCCCCAGGAACACAGAAGAAGGCAAGUUCCCACUAGUUCUCCCCUCUCCAUCAACCUGACGUCUGAUAGGUGCCGGACGCUGUCGCCCAAAGAAUCUUGUUCCGAGGCCAGGGUAGGUUGAGCUUUGCCCCUGACUCUACCACCCAGACCACACCUGCUGGUCUCCUGUGUGAUUAGAGGGCCUUUCCCACCAUUUUCUUCUGCUGCUUAGAUCUUGGCUUGAGCCAUUGACCUUGAUCAAGUAAGAAGAGCCCUUGUCUGUCUGGGGAGAGUCCUCUCUGCUUAUGAUCUGUAUACAGCUGAGUAUCUUCUUUCACAUACUGAUUCUAUGUCCUGCCUUCCAGCACGUCUCCAACAUAGAUCUCCUGUCAGAUGACAGCCAGAGAAACUGAAAUUGUUUUUAUUGGAGUGGCCACACAAACAAAAAUAUCCCCCUUACCUUCUAAGUUCCCACUGAGUCAAGUUGAUUCCAACUCAUAGUGAUCCUAUAGGACAGAGUAGAACUGCCCAUAGAGUUCCCAAGGCUGUAAUCUUUAUGGAAGCAGACUGUCACUUCUAUCUCCUGCAGAGCGGCUGGCAGGUUUGAAACAACAACAUUUUGGUUAGCAGCCAAGCCCUUAGCCACUGCACUACCAGGACCCCUGCACCCUAAAAACAUCUCUGCACCAGUGUAUGUGCUCUGCCUGCUAGGCUUCCUCUUAGAUCCACCAGCUACCUUCUCCCCUGGCAGGAUAAUUGGGGAACACCUUUUUCUGAUUCCCAGGGAGUUAAUGAGCUGUGAAAAGCGAUUAGAUGGAGAGGAACCGCUUUCGGGAAGAAGCCACUUACUCUGCUCAGUUUGGUUUUUUGCUCACAUCUCCUUAAGCUGCUGCAUCAGAUCUCUCUAUGUCAGAUCUGUCGAUCCUCUUAUUAAAAAGAGCACCAUUGCACAGCUGAAAAUUCAUCCAAGACACUGGAUUUGGUCUCACAGAGUCUUUCAUCGUCUUAAACAGAUGGCCCCUGGCUUUCCAUUCAAAUCUACUGUCAGUUUGCACAAACUUGCCCUUCUUGUUUUUUAUUAAUCUAAAAUCACCAUAUCAGCUGAGACUGGUGUUGAGGCCAGAGGAUGCUGAAAACAAGUGCAGAGAAUUUAAGCAAUAUGGAUUCUCACAUCAGAUAAUUUAUUUCCCUCAAAAUAGUUUUCUUACACUCUUUAAUGUUAAAUAUCCAGAGCCUGUAUUACUAGGUAAGCUUGAAUAACCUUAAAAAAUACUGACUUUGGGGAGGCCCUGGACUGGCCAUCUGCAUUUAUGGCAUUAACUAGAAAAUGACGCGGAACACCCAACAAUGGUGAAGGGCAGAGGAAAGAAGCUGUGAUAUUUCAAACUUGCAAAGAAUUUCGGGGUUGUUCUUGUUAAGACCAAAGGUUUCUGUUGAAAAUGUCGUUAGUUUUAAGGAUUUAAGAUUGGCUUCUUUCUGCAUUAGUCAAGCCAAUGGGAAUUGAAGUGGUCAGAUUUACAAAAGAGGUUAACUGAGAUCUCUUCAACCAUUCUGAAACAAAACCAGGGCUUUGUUUUACUUGUUGUGUUGUUGUUAGGUGCCAUCAAGUCAGUUUCAACUCAUAGUGACCCUAUGCACAACAGAACAAAACACUGCCCGGUCCUGCACCAUCCUUAUGAUGCUUGCUAUGUUUGAGCCCAUUGUUGCAGCCACUGUGUCAAUCCAUCUCAUCAAGGGUCUUCCUCUUUUUUGCUGACCCUCUGCUUUACCAAGCAUGAUGUCUUUCUCCAGAGACUGGCCCUUCCGGAUAACAUGUCCCAAGUACAUGAGAUGAAGUCUCGCCAUCCUUGCUUCUAAGAAGCAUUCUGGUUAUACUUCUUCCAAGACAGAUUUAUUCAUUUUUCUGGUAGUCCAUGGUAUAUUCAAUAUUCUUUGCCAACACCAUAAUUCAAAGACAUCAAUUCUUCUUUGGUCUUUCUUAUUCAUUGUCCAGCUUUCCCAUGCAUAUGAGGAGAUUGAAAAUACCACACUUUUGGUCACGCACACUUUAGUCCUCAAAGUGACAUUUUUGCUUUUUUAACACUUUAAAGAGGUCCUUUGCAGCAGAUUUGUCCAAUGGAACGUGUCAUUUGAUUUCUUGACUGCUGCUUUCAUGAGCGGUAAUUGUGGAUCCAAGUAAGAUGAAAUCCUUGACAACUUCAAUCUUCACUAUCAUGAUGUUAUUAUUGGUCUAGCAGUGAGGAUUUUUGUUUUCUUUAUGUUGAGAUGCAAUCCAUACUGAAGGCUGUAGUUUUUAAUCUUUAUCAGCAAGCGCUUCAAAUCCUCUUCGCUUUCAGCAAGCAAGGUUGUCUCAUCUGCAUAUCGCAGGUUGUUAAUGAGUCUUCCUCCAGUCCUAAUGAUACAUUCUUCAUAUAGUCCAGCUUCUCAGAUUAUUUGCUCAGCAUACAAAUUGAAUAAGUAUAUUGUAAGGAUACAACCCUGAUGCACAUCUUGCCUGAUUUUAAACCACACAGUAUCCCCUUGUUCUGUUUGAACAACUGCCUCUUGAUCUAUGUUCAGCUUCCUCAUGAGCACAAUUAAGUGUUCUGAAAUUCCCGUUCUUCACAAUGUUACCCACAACUUGUUAUGAUCCACAAUCAAAUGCCUUUGCAUAGUCAGUAAAGCACAGGUAAACAUCUUUCUGCUAUUCUCUGCUUUCAGCCGUGAUCUAUCUGACAUCAGCAAUGAUAUACCUCAUUCCACGUCUUCCUCUGAAUCCAGCUUGAAUUUUUGGCAGUUCCUUGUUGAUGUACUGCUCCAACCAUUUUUGAAUUUAGACACCAUCUCAAGAAUAGAUUUGACUCAUUGAACAGUCCCAGUUAUCCAGUGCUGCUAUAAGAGGAAUACCACAAGUGGGUGGCUUUAACAAAGAGAAAUUUGUUUUCUCAUAGUUUAAGAGGCUAGAAGUCUGAACUCAGGGCGCUGGCUCUAAGGAAAGGCUUUCUUUCUCUGUUGGCUCUGAAGGAAGGUCCUAGUCUCUUUGAGCUUCUGCUCCUGAGCGAUUUUCACGUUGCUUGGCAUCUCUCUUCCCUCAUCUCUGUUUCCUUGCUUGCUUGUUUAAUCUCUUUUAUAUCUCGAAAGAGAUUGACUCAAAAUACACUCUACACUAAUCCUGUCUCAUUAACAUAAAACUCUUUCCCUAAUGGGAUUAUAACCACAGGCAUGGAGUAGGAUUUACAACACAUACUUUUGGGGGAUGUAAUUCAGUCCAUAACACUAAUGACUGAAGAUCAGACGAAUUGUGGGAUGACAUCAUGAGUAUCAUGCAUGAAGAAAGUAAAAGGCCAUUAAAAAGACAGGAAAGAAAGAAAAAAACAAAAUGGAAGUCAGAAGAGACUCUGAAACUGAAUGGAAGAUUUCAAAGG